AUCGAUGGAAGCUUUAUGGAGUUUGGAGGAGAAAUGGAAACUCACGACACAAGAAGAUGUGAUCGUCGUCGUUUGUGCUGCUUCCGCCAUUGUCGGGCUUUGCGCAGCCGCGGUUCUGAAAAAAAAGGCUCGGAAGAAGCCGGUGGAGGACGGAGACGCGGUGUCGGAACGUUCGACGAAUGCGAAAUGGUUGGGAGGAGAGGAAGUCGCCGUUGCUGGGAUUGGAAGAGUACGGCGGCGGUGUGGGGUGGAUGAGCCAGAACUCAGAGUCGCCAGUGUGGCAACGAUCGAUACUCAUGGGGGAAAAUGCGAGCUGCCGCGGUUUAGCGAACUGUUUUUGUACGAUGAAAGAGGGCAGUUGCUUGAUGAUUCCAUUGAGAGAAGUUCCAACCAGGGAGAUUAUCACCAGGGGAAAUCCAGUGCAGUGGUGAGAACAACACUAAGGGACCUCUAG